CCCCAGGACCCCCCCACCUGGCCCCAGCUCACCAGCUCACUGUGGCUCUGGCUCUGGCCCUCCUGACCCAGCCUUCUGAGACCUGCCCGUGGGGCACAGCGGUUCCCGAGUGACCUGAAGAGACUUGGCGAUGGGGAAGCCCGAGAGCCCGGUAGGGAUGGCAGAGAUGGCUGGCUGGCCGGGCCCGGGACCGAAGCGCCGAGGCCUCCUGGAGGGGGGGCUGCUGCUGCUGCUGCUCGGGCUGGGCGGCGCCCUGGUGGCCCUGGGCCUCCUCUACGCCGCCAGCGGCAGAGGGGAGCAGCCGCCGCCCUCUCCUAGCCAACUUGGCUUCUCAAAGGAAGAGAGGACCAUUGUAAAACGAAAACCCCGAGCAGCCGUCCAGCGGCCCCAGGUAAUGAGCGAGAUCUGCACCACCCCGGGCUGCGUGUUGGCAGCCGCCAGAAUCCUCCAGAACAUGGACCCUGCCACGGAGCCGUGUGAGGACUUCUACCAGUACGCGUGUGGGGGCUGGCUGCAGCGCCACGUGGUCCCCGAGACCAACUCGCGGUACAGCGUCUUCGACGUCCUGCGAGACGAGCUGGAGGUCAUCCUCAAAGGGGUGCUGGAGAAAUCCACCGCCGAGGACAGGCCGGCUGUGCAGAAAGCCAAGAUGCUGUACCGCUCCUGCAUGAACGAGAGCGUCAUAGAAAAACGAGACUCGCAGCCACUGCUGAACAUCUUGGACGUGCUGGGAGGCUGGCCAGUGGCCGUGGACAAGUGGGGCGAGAGCGCAGGCCCCAGGUGGGAGCUGGAGCAGCAGCUGGCCCUGAUGAGCACCCAGUUCAACAGGCGCGUCCUCAUCGACCUGUUCAUCUGGAGCGACGACCAGAACUCCAGCCGGCAUGUCAUCUACAUAGACCAGCCCACCCUGGGCAUGCCAUCCCGGGAAUUCUAUUUCAACGAAGGCAGCAACCACAAGGUGCGGGACGCCUACCUGCAGUUCAUGACGUCGGUGGCCGCGAUGCUGCGGGCGGACAUGAAGCUCCCUGAGAACAGCUCCCUGGUGCGGGAGGACAUGGCGCAGGUGCUGGAGCUGGAGACGCAGCUGGCAAACGCCACGGCCCCCCAGGAGGAGAGGCACGACGUCACCGCACUGUACCACAGGAUGGGCCUGGCCGAGCUCCAGAGCAAGUUCGGUCUGAAGGGGUUUAACUGGACCCUCUUCAUACAAUCUGUGCUGUCUUCUGUCAAAAUCAAACUGCUGCCCAAUGAAGAAGUGGUGGUCUACGGCAUCCCCUACCUCCAGAACCUCGAAGGCAUCAUCGAUGUCUACUCGGCCAGGACCAUGCAGAACUACCUGGUCUGGCGCCUGGUGCUGGACCGCAUCAGUAGCCUGAGUCAGCGAUUCAAAGACGCGAGGGCAAACUACCGCAAGGUGCUCUAUGGCACGACGGUGGAGGAGGCGCGCUGGCGAGAAUGCGUCGGCUACGUCAACAGCAACAUGGAGAGCGCCGUGGGCUCCCUCUACGUCAGGGAGGCCUUUCCCAGAGACAGCAAGGAUUCGGUCAGGACGCUCAUUGACAAGGUGCGGGCGGUGUUCGUGGAGACCCUGGAUGAGCUGGGCUGGAUGGACGAGGCGUCCAAGAAGAAGGCCCAGGAGAAGGCCAUGAGCAUCCGGGAGCAGAUUGGGUACCCCGACUACAUCCUGGAGGAGAAGAACUCGCGCCUGGACGAGGAGUAUUCUGACCUGAACUUCUCGGAGGACCAGUACUUUGAAAAUGGUCUUCAGAACCUCAAGGCUGGUGCCCAGCGGAGCCUCAAGAAGCUUCGGGAGAAAGUGGACCAGAACCUAUGGAUCAUCGGGGCGGCCGUGGUGAACGCAUUCUACUCCCCAAACCGAAACCAGAUAGUGUUCCCCGCAGGGAUCCUGCAGCCCCCUUUCUUCAGCAAGGAGCAGCCACAGGCCUUGAACUUCGGGGCCAUUGGGAUGGUGAUCGGGCACGAGAUCACUCACGGCUUUGAUGACAACGGCCGGAACUUCGACAAGAACGGCAACAUGCAGGAUUGGUGGACCAACUUCUCGGCCCAGCACUUCCAGGAGCAGUCGGAGUGCAUGAUCCACCAGUAUGAGAACUACUCCUGGGACCUGGCCGGCCACCAAAACGUGAACGGGUUCAGCACACUCGGGGAAAACAUCGCCGACAACGGAGGGGUGCGGCAGGCAUAUAAGGCUUACCUGAAGUGGAUGGCAGAAGGCGGCAGGGACCAGCAGCUGCCGGGGCUGGAACUGACCUACGACCAGCUGUUCUUCAUCAACUAUGCCCAGGUGUGGUGCGGGUCAUACCGGCCUGAGUUCGCCGUACAGUCUAUCAAGACUGACGUGCACAGCCCCCUGAAGUACAGGGUGCUGGGCUCGCUGCAGAACCUGGCGGCUUUCUCGGACGCCUUCCACUGCGCCCAGGGCACCCCCAUGCACCCGCGUGAGCGAUGCCGCGUCUGGUAGCUGUAGACGAGCCGCACGGCGUGGCCCGUGGCCUCCGGCCACCAGACACCAGGCGUCCCUUCCGAGGGAGCAGGAGCAGCCGGGCAAGGCCGACACACGUCCUGGCCCCGCGCGGGGCCCGCAGCGCGGCUGCCGCCCCCGCACCCAGGGCGAGUGGUGACUGCCCCGUGCCCUCCGUGCCCGUGGCAAGGGGCACGGUGCCCCAGCCCUGUAGACGCGUGUACCUGUCUGCUCCCACUCGCCAAAGCAUCCCAUUCAGCUGUCUGUGAGCUUCAGACUUGAGCUAAGUAAACGCAUCAAAGAA